AUGGAUAAGAGUUGGAUGUAUCAAUCUCGGUUGACCAGUGAGUAUUUGAACGGAGUAAAGCGAUUCUUGAAUUUCGCAUUCCAAAACGCAAGUAUCGAUGGGAAAAUUGUUUGUCCAUGUGUGAAGUGUGGAAAUGGCAGAUGGGUGACGCGAUCUAAGGUAGUAGACCAUCUAGUAUGUGACGGUUUUAUCAAGGGUUACACAAAAUGGAUAGCUCAUGGAGAAGCUAUGUCAUCUACUACAACUGCUUCGAUUCCCACUAAUUCUGGUAAUGCUUUGGGCACAAAUAAUAGCAUGCGUGAGAUGCUGUAUGAUACAUUCGGGAUCUCAAAUAGAGAUAUUGGUAUGGAUGACGUGCCAAAUAAUGUAGAGUUGUUGAAUGCAGAUGCUAAAAAAUUUUAUAAGUUGGUAAGUGAUGCCCAAAAACCUUUGUACCCUGGGUGUAAAGAGUUUUCAAAGCUUUCAUUGCUCGUUGAACUAUUUCACAAUAAGUGCCUUGGAAAAUGGACUAACGACUCAUUUACCAAGCUACUUCGAACGUUCAACAGGGUAAUUCCAGAGGGUGAGAAAUUGCCCAACUCAUACUAUGAAGCGAAAAAAGUGUUGGGGGAAUUGGGUCUCUCGUACAAAAAGAUUCAUGCUUGCCCUAAUGACUGCAUGUUGUAUUGGAAAGAAUGUAUUGAUGAUACAGAAUGUCAUUGGCAUGAUGAGGGUCGCACCAAAGAUGUUUGCAUGCGUCAUCCUGCCGAUUCCCCUGCUUGGCAGACUUUUGACUUCCAACAUAAGGAAUAUGCUACAGAUUCACGUAAUGUUAGACUUGGAUUAGCGUCAGAUGGAUUUAAUCCUUUUGGGAUGAUGAGUGAUGUGCAUAGUACAUGGCCUGUCAUCUUGAUGCCAUACAACCUGCAACCUUGGAUGUGUAUGAAACAACCGUACUUCAUAAUGUCGUUGCUUAUACCCGGUCGUUCAGCACUUGGAAAUAGCAUUGAUGUUUAUUUGCAACCAUUGAUAGAGGAGCUGAAAGAGUUAUGGGGGGUCGGAGUAGAUACAUUUGAUGCUUCAACCAAUCAAAAUUUUAAGAUGCAUGCUGCCUUAAUGUGGACUAUCAAUGAUUUUCAUGCAUAUGCAAAUUUGUCUGGGUGA